AAGUUGUUCCAUUCGAAUAAACACAUAGUGUAAACGGUAGUGUAGCCAAACUCGUAAAACAGAAUACAUACAUACGUACAGUAAAUAUUUUUACUGUCCUGUUCGACAUUAACCAACAACAACUACCUACCUAUAACAACAUGAAUUUGUAUCUCACCGCCACUUUUAUCCUGCUGCUGUCUGCCAGUGCAUUUGCCGACCCCAUUAAGGAUAAUAAUGUCAUCCCAGCGAAUAGUGGAUUUAAUAAGUGUUUAGAAGCAGAUUCUAUCUCGUGCCUGCAACUAACGCUCUUCCGCAAAGCGAAAUCCUUCUUCGAAAAUCCACAAAUCGAAAUCGUCGGCGGUGUUUCCCUCAUCAAAUCCAAUGAAGGACGUCAAGGCAAAUCAUUCGAUGACAAUGCCGUCGCCGUAGAGGCCGCACCCACCGUUGAGGCACGCACCAGCGAAAUGGGCACCUACUUCAUGAAUCACGCCAAGAACUUCUUCGCUGAACGCUCAUUGAACUUUAACUUCGCCAAUGCUGCACGCUCAGUGGCGCGUGCCAUUCCCGAUGACAUCAAGGCCGAUUUGCGUGAGUUGGUUGUUGAGUCGCGUACCAAGAAGAAGAAGCUGUUGAAAAAAUUCCUCCCCAUCUUGUUGGGUGUUGGCGCUAAGAUCGCCAUUUUGGCUGUUGGUGCCCUCUUUGGUUUGCUCUUCUUGGCCAAGAAGGCGCUCGUCGUUUCGGUUAUUGCUUUCUUCUUAGCCUUGGCUGCUGGUGCUUCAAGUGGUCUGAGCCGUUUGGGCGGCGGCGGCGGCGGCGGUGGUCUGCUCGGCGGUCUCGGCGGUCUGUUCGGUGGCAAGAACUCUGGAUCCGCAGCCAGCUCUGGUGGUUGGUCAUCGGGUGGUGGCGGCGGCGGCGGUUGGUCUUCAGGCAACUCUGGCUGGGACUCGCACGGUGCCUACAGUUCACCAGUUGCGCAAACAGUUGCCUACUCUGGCUACAAGCAAGCCCGACGAUAAGCAUUGGGAGCGGAAGUUGAAGCGUGGAGUGGCGUCGGGUGUCAUUCUGCGCUAAAAAGCCAAAACAACAAUUAGGGUAAUGUAAACAAAUAAACUAAACAGAAUGUUCACUACAAAAUGACAACGAUAAAAAGCAUGCAUUCACAAAUGUGUGCGACUGCUGUCAACGAAAGGAAAUAGCGUCGAAAAAAAAUCAAAAACAAAUGAAGAAUGUAGCAGCACGUAACCGCUUGUGGUGGUAAACGAGUAGCAACGAUUCAAUACAAAAAAAAAAAAAACAAAUAUAUUAUUAAUUUAUUUUAAUUUAUUUAUUAUCAAAAAUAUUUAUUUUGUAAUGUAUGUAAUGAAAAAUAAGCCACGAAGAAAAUGGACGAAAAAGACGAUUGGAACCACAUUUACAUAACAAAAAAAACCAAACAACGAAUCUUCAAGUGCCUGAGGCAGUAAGGAGUUGAUCGGCAGGCGAAAUGAGCAGUUCAAUCACAUAUACAUACAUACAUAGUGACAUCUAAGUAUAUGUAAAUUGGCAAAAGUUUGCGUGAGGCCUCAGCUCGCUACUUCUUUCAUCGAGAACUUAUGACCGUAAUGCUUUAGUAUCUAUGCAUCUAUAUAUUUUAAUGAUUUAAUUUAAGCUUUAAGCGCCACAUUGUCAUGUAGUUGCAUACAUACAUACACUCUCACAUCGUUAUCAUAUAUUUUAUUGCUAACUAUUUUCAAUAAUGUUGCGUAGCACUUAUU